AUUAAACCACAUACUACGUGUUAACUUUAGACAUUAUCGAGUUUAAGCACUACAGACGACUAGUAUUUUAUGAUGGCGGAUACCUUAGCUACUAUUCCACCGAUGAUUAUUGGGGGAAGUAUUAUUACCACUGUAUCAUUCAUUUUGCAUAUAAUAGGAUUUUCAACAACAUAUUGGUAUAAAAUUGGAGAUGUUGUUCAUAUGGGAUUAUGGAAAUCAUGUAUUCAAUUAAAUGGAGUAGAAGUGUGUAAAUACUUUACAGAUGCACCAGUACGGGACGCCCAACUCGCAGCUGCAGGAGUUCUGGAAUGUUUUGCACUGGUAGCCUUUUUUGCAGCUUUGGUAUGUGCUUUCCUAAAGAUGUUUGUACUCAAGGAAAAAGGAAUAAUGUUUGUUGUUAUUGGCUUACUUAAUUUUAUUGCAGGAGGACUUGCCUUGAUCGGAACAAUAGUAUUUGCAACAGAGUCUAAUGGAAGCAUAACGCUGGAUUCUUCAAAGUUCCACUACUCAUUUGGACUGUGUAUUGUAGGUGGAAUCGGAGGAUUUUUUUCGGGCAUUGUAUUCAUCCUAGCUUGGCGAUGGGUGAGAAACUAAUGGAAACGCUUAGAUCAAAGAUAUAUUUGUAUAAACGUCAUUUCUAUGAAAUAAGUCAACGAAUGAAACUACAUUUAGCCCGAUUCUCUUUAGCAAUACUAAUGUAUUCGAAGGAUUUAAACAAUGUCAUGAUAUGCUAUGUUUUGUAAUGUAAAACUGUAUGAACAAUGACAAGAAAUAACGUAUCUCAUGUUUUGUAAAUAGAACAGCGUGAUUGUUUUUUUU